AUGGAGCUAUGGAUUCAGGUCUCCAAAAUCUGCGUAAAAAUCCUCUUCGAGAGAGAGAAGAAACUCUGCGAUCAGAUCUUCGGUGACGUCGACGCCGCUGCUGCCGCCGACUGCUUCAUCGGAACAGUGAAGGACUCCGCGGUCCUUCUGUUCCGAUUUGCGGAGGAUCUUAGCCUCAGGAAGCAGCCGCACCACACGAUGGCGGCGGUUCUCGAUGUUUACGAGGCGUUCCUUUGGGUGCUCCCCAGCACAGAGGCUUUGUUUGCCUCUACACCGGGGAAGGGGAUCAGGGACGUAUGCUCCCAGGCAUACUCUCUCAUCCAAGGAGACGCCGUCAGGAUGCUGUACGACCUGCAGCACGACAUCCUCCACGAUGCGGCAGCCUCAGACGAGCAGGGCGGGGGCGGGGUCCACCCCACCACGAAUUUCGUGGUGGGGCAGAUUGAGGUAGUGGUGAAAAAUAAAGACCUGCUCACGGGGCUGAUCAGAUCCGCCCCGUCGCUGAAUUUUGGCGACACCGCAAUUCCAGACGAGGAAUUGCGGCAGUACGCCAACGGCAGCGGUUUCCUGGAGCAGUACUUGGUCCUGACCGUCAUAGUACUGCUCAGGAACCUCGACAAGAAAUCGAGGAGCUACGGAGACCCCUGUCUAGGGCAUCUGUUCGCGAUGAACAAUCUCCGUAGCAUCCUGAAGGCGAUCGAGGCGUCGCCCAACCUGCAGGAGAUGGUCGGGGGACGUCUGAUCACCAAGAUGAACGACGACCUAGCGUCCGCCCGGGCGAGCUACGAGACAACCACGUGCGAAAAGUUCCUAACGUGCUUGCGCCGCGAUGGGAUCUAUACGAGCCGCUGCUGCUUCCGAUCGCGGGCGUCGAAGGCCGCGGUGAGACGGCGGCUGAACAGCUUCAACGAUGUGUUCAAGAAAGUUGAUGAAUUGCAUUCUCUUUGGAAGAUUCCGGAUCUUCAACUAAGAAAUGAAGUUCGUCUUCGUAUGUCGGAAAUUUUGGUACCACGUUAUAGAAAAUUUAUUGAAGAAUUUGGUAAUAAACCUGAGACAAGGCUACUACUAGUUGAAGGUAACAUGAAGCAUCGACCUGAGGAACUUGAGGCCUUAGUUCGACAAAGAUUGUUUGCAAAUAGUGAUUCUUGA